AUGGAUGCUAAUCAAACAAUUACCAGCGCUAUUAAAAAGCCGAAAAAAAGGGGUGUCAAAAAUAAAAAGAAAAGAUUAACUUUUCAAGAUGAAGCCCAACCUGAAGAGGAGUUACUUUUAAAAGAGUCAAAACAUUUAGUCACAGCAAAGACUACUACCUAUCUUACCUUUGGCUUUGUUUUUAUUAAAAGCUUACCUUAUCAUAAUCUAGAUAUAGUAGGAGCAACGUAUAACAACAGGAGUAAAAAACUGGUGCUGAUAGACGGAAGAGGAUUUUUCAGUCUGGAUUUGUUACCUUCCAAUUGUACUGCUAAAAGAGAGAUGUAUUUUCCAAAGUAUCAAUUUAAUUUGGCAAGAAUCAUCACUUACUCUGAAAAAUACAAUGUUUACUUUGUUCUGCAAAAAGACUUUGCAAUAAAGGUUUACAACAAGAACUAUGCUGAAAUUUGCUCUAUAGAUAAUCCAGGUUUAGGACGAAUGACAUUCAUAUCAUUUAACCCAGUGAAAGAGGAACUUAUCAGCGGAGGAAUCACUGGAGUGAAGACUUGGAAGUUUAAAGAAAAGAAGCUCCCACUUGAUUUGAAUCCUAUUCCAAUGUACAAUUACAGUCUUUUCCUUAGUACAGAAUAUCCACACAUGGGGAAGAAAUGGUGUACAAAUAUGGAUUUUGAUAUCACUUUGCAAAGAUAUUACUGCUUUUCUGGAGGCCACUUUUUCUGCUAUGAUAUCAAUGGGAAACUGCUACUUGAGAUACUCAAUGCACAUGAAAGAUCUAUUAUCUCUUGUGUCUACUCAUCUAAUCUUAACAUUUUGCUUACUGCUUCAAAAGGCAAUGAAAUAAAAUCUUGGAAUGACCAAGGCUGCUUGCUCCAUGUAUUUCAAGGUCAUUCCAAAACGGUUACAAAGCUUCUGCUGCACCCAAACACUACUUCUUUAUUUAUCUCUGGAUCUCUCGAUGGAUCAGUCAAACUCUGGUCAUUUGAUAAUAUGGAUUCUUUUUACAGCUUAUCUCUCUUCCAAGAAGGAAUACUUUCAAUUGGCACGAUGGAAGAUAAAUUUCUUUACUGCUGCUCUGCCCAUAAUGUUCAUAUUUAUGAUCUGAAUUCAUUUACCAACUUUUGGAGUCAUGUCAACAGCCCAAUAAACCACUUCCACAUCUGUAGUGCUGUUGGGAAAUCCAACAGGGUGGCUGCAAUGGCUGUUGAUAACAGUUUAAGAAUAUUUUCUGUUCAAACUGGGAAGAAAUUAUGCACCGUUUUGCCACCUCCUUAUCCUCCUAUGCUACAGCCAGUUCUCAGCUUUACCUACAACCGAACUUGUGGAACUGUUUAUUUUCUAUUGACACCCUAUGAUAUAUGGAUUUAUACAGCAAAGACUGAUCCUGCAUGUAGAGCAGCAGUAUGGACCACAAGGGAACUACAAGAACAUUUACAUCGAAAACACCCUUUAGCUUCAUGUAUUGAGAAAAAUGGAUAUUUUCAACAUACACAAAAAAGGAACUUUAGAACUUCAGCAAAAUGUGAAUGCCUCUGCAGCUUGUCCUCCUCAUUAUGUUACUUGGUGGAUGAAGGAAUGAUAUAUGCAGAUAAUCAGGAAUUUCUGGUUCUCGGUAUGCAGGAUGGAAGAAUUCUAUUUCUCCAUACAUCUGUUCAAAACUUGGUAUAUUAUGAGAUGGCUACUUAUGAAGAUCCUGUCAUCCAUUUGCAACAUGAUAUAAUCCAUCACCAGCUGGUAAUCAUGUGCCAGAAACCAAAAUACAAAUUGAUUCACUACAGGAGUCUACCUGCUCUGGAACUGGUCUUUCAAGUUUAUUUGCCAAACGAUGCGACUGUUUUCACAAGACUUGACAGAUCACUUUUUAUUGGCCUGAAAUCUGGCAUCGUGGAUAUUUUAAGUAUUCUAGAGGAAAGCAGUGAAGUGGCAUUUCCUGAAAAAGAGAAAAUAGAAGAAAAAAAUCUUCCAGCAACCUACCACGAGGGUCCUGUGAUAUCAGUGGAUUCCUGCAAGAAUCUUUCUGUCUUUCUCAGUUGUGGUUCAGAUGCUGCAAUAAAACUAUGGAAUAUUUACAAAGACCUAAUAGCUGAGAUCAGACUUGAUAAUACUUUAAGCACAGCCUGCUUCCUCAAUAAUUCUGGUGAUAUUUUACUGGCUUUCAAAAAUGAUAUUUAUAUCUUAUAUCACAGUAAAAUGUUGCACAUUUUGAGAACUAGUAUUCAAACUGCGAAAGUUAUAGAAGCAGAAUCCUAUAUUUUUGAAAGCCAGCUUUUAGAUUAUCAUUACAAAAUGGAUGCCCCUAAAUCAAUUGAGAUGGCUUCAUAUCUGGUGCCUUAUAAGGGAUAUUCCUUUGCUGAAGAUUUUACAUCAGAAUUGCAGGUUUUGCCAGAGAAGAAAGGAAAGGCAUUCUGGAAGAUACCGGUAGCUCCCUCUAUGAUAUACUUGUCUCCUUGUACCUCAGAGGUAUCUUUAAAAAUGUUUGAUUUCCUUCUCCAAGCUGGAACUCAUGACUUAGAAGAACAAGAUAAAGCUAAAAUGUAUGAAAGAAUGAUUGUGACCAAAGAUAUGAAAUAUAUGCCUGAGCGCAAACCUGCAACACCAGCAAGGUUGGAAAUUCCAUUCUUUGGUGUUUCUCCAUCUCCAUCUUUAAUUCAAGAGCCACUUGAGGCAACUAAACAGAAAGAAGAGCAGACAGUUGAUAAUGUGAUUGCAUUAUCCAUAGAGGAGCCAUUAAAAGAAACUUUAAAGAAUACACAGCAGCAAGCUUAUGAAGAAACAUCUCCUGAAGCACCAGAAAUCAUUCCAAAGCAGUUUUCAAGAAAGAAAACAGAACAAUGCAGUGAAGGCUAUAAAUCCACUAAUGAAAAAGAUAUAAGAGUGGUGUUCUUGAGGAAAGAAAAUGAAGCAAUUCAGCAAAAGGAAGAACAAAGUUUGACACCAGAAUUUGAAAAAAGAUCAUUUUCUCACAGAUAUUGUUUCACACCCAACAACUCUCAGCAAUAUCAAACUUUAGAAUAUCCCAACAUUGUAUCUGAAUCAUUUUUUGCUAUGAUGAAGCCUUUCAAACAAUAUCAAAGACACCCAUAUACUGUGAUGGAAGAAACUACCAUUAAUCUUCCUAGGGACUUCCCUUACAGGCUGGCCUGGGGGACACCAACUUCUCAAGAUCUGAAGAUAAAACUUUAUCAUCCUAAACUGAAAUUGAGAAAAGAACAAGGAACAAGCAAAGUGGUUCAAGAAAAAACACUGCAACCAACCAGAUCAAUUCCAGACAAAGGGAGAUACAUCUUAGUGAAUGAUCCAAAUUCAGCACCUUCAGUUCCCCCUAUGAGUUUACUGGAAAGCAGAUUGCUCAGUGCCCGUUUUCCUGUACAGAAAGAAAAGAUUCUUCGUUCUCUCUUCUGAGAUGCGGGAAGCCAAGUAGUCUUAUCCAUUUCUUUCACCAGCUUUGUUGUAGAGAAUAAGCCAUUUUCAACAUCUUUACUACUUGCAUACCUUCACUAGAUAGUAAUAGAUAGGUAAAAGCACAUUCUUCCUCUCUUUCCUCCCCAAACCAAUGUAAUAGCUCAUUCUCCCUUUAUAGUAUUUGAACAAAUUAACCUGGUUUGAUUAGCCAUGCAAUAACACCAACAUCUGAGCCUCCACAUUUCAUUGUGUAGUAUGAAUUAUUUUUAUGAUGUACUUUUUGCAACUUUUAAUCUAUUCUUACAUGAAUAUUGUCAAUGAAGUAGUUUUUGAGAGAGUAACA